CUGGAGGCGGUGAUGGAGAACCUGCAGCGGCAGCAGGCGGCUCGGCUGGCGCUGGAGGAGGAGGUGCAGCAGGACCAGCAGCUGGACCAGCAGGACCAGCAUCAGGACCAGCAGAACCAGCACCUGGACCUCCGCUCCACCGUGGAGUCCCAGAUCCAACAGCAGGCUCUGGCUUUCCGCCACUACCAAGCGGCGGUGCGCAGCGCGCUGAGCGCCGGCGUCCUGGUGCCCCGCCGGGGGGACGGCUACUCCAGCCCGGACUGCAGCGAGGAGGAGCGGGGGGACGACCCGCGGGACUCAGGCGAGCGGGAGGUCGUGGAUGGAGAGGAAGUUGUGUUGCACCGCUUCCAGCAGCGGCAGUGCGCGCUCACGGCCGCCGGCGCGUCCCCGCAGAGCCCCCCAGCGGGCCGGGUCCUGGCCCGGGUCCCGGGGGCCUCGGUCCCGGGGGCCCCGGUCCCGGGGGCCUUGGUCCCAACUCCUCGCCUGCACUCCCCGUCUGCACAGCCGCAGUCCCAGCACCAGUGGACGUACGAGGAGCAGUUCAAGCAGUUGUAUGAACUGGAUGAUGAUGAGAAGCGCAAAGAAUUUCUUGAUGACCUUUUCAGCUUCAUGCAAAAACGUGGGACUCCAGUGAAUCGGAUUCCUAUCAUGGCUAAGCAGGUGUUGGAUCUCUACAUGCUCUACAAGCUUGUCACAGAAAAAGGCGGGUUAGUGGAAGUCAUCAAUAAAAAGAUAUGGCGUGAGAUAACCAAAGGCCUUAACCUCCCUACCUCCAUCACCAGUGCAGCGUUCACCCUGCGAACACAAUAUAUGAAGUACCUGUACCCAUACGAAUGUGAGAAGCGAGGGCUGAGCUCCCCCGGUGAGCUUCAGGCAGCAAUCGACAGCAAUCGGCGGGAAGGUCGCCGGCUGAGCUAUGGCUCUGUCAUCUUCAACUACUCCCCCGUGGCCACCCCUACCCUCCUCCCUUCACCAAAGAUGCCAUCCCACUUCCCCGUGCUUUAUCGCAACAGUGGUCACACGUCCCAGAAGUCUGAAGUCAAGACAGAGGAGCCAAUGGCAGCCUGCCUCUUGCCCGGCAACGCCGGCCUCUCCGUGUCACCUGGCAGCCAGAAUGCAGCAGCAACUCUGCAGUUGCUCCGGGACAAGCUGCAAGCUAGUGAGCCGCCACAGAAGAAGAGGAUGAUGGGUCAGGAAGAGCAGCAGAGCAUGGUGGAGGACGCCCUGCAGGAGAACCUGCUCACCAUGGCCAGCCAGCUGCCCCUCAACAUCAAACUCAACAAUAGGGAUGAUAGACAAGAGGCUGCAUUGAACCUGUCUACCGACGGCAUUAGCAGCAUCAACAUGUCAAUAGAAAUAAAUGGAGUUGUCUACACAGGAGUCCUGUUCGCCCGGCAGCUGGCCAUGGCAGGGAUGGUGGGACCAGCGGGGAAACACAGCAGCUGGAAGUCCAAAGGGAAGAGCACUUCUACAGCUUUCCAGCCGUCUACCUCCACCUCCUCAUGCUCCUCCUUCUCCCUCCACGGACACAGAAACACAUCCUCUUGA